CCAGCGAAAUCUGCGGAUGUAAAUGAAAACGCUGCAAAAUCCACAAAACGAGCAGUUUCAGGAGCUGCGAAUAGCACUGACAUGGUGAAUAAUUGCCAGGAUACAACAAACAGCCUGGAAGGCAGGAAAAAUGGGGAUAGCCACGAGAUCCAGUCAGACCAUCUAGACCAGACCCAUCCAGACCUGGGAGAGGGAGGAUCAGGUAAAAUGUUACCUAUUGAUACAGCUAACAUUUCUAUACCUAUUAUGCGGACAUCAGGAUUAGACGGCAUACAAUGUAUAUUGGCACAAAUGAAAGAGGAUAGAAUUUUUUUAGCCGGAGAGACUGAGAGAAAUGCUAAGGAAAUAAGAUUAGAGAUCCAGGCAAUUGGUAAUCGGACUGCCGUCCUAGAG